AUGGGUCAAACCCUUUCGGAACCCGUCGUCGAAAAGACGUCCGAGAGUGGGGAAGAUGAUAAACUCAUCUACGGCUUGUCUGCCAUGCAGGGCUGGCGCAUCAGCAUGGAGGACUCUCAUACGGCAGUCCUCGAUCUCAUCGCCUCCAGCAGCAACGACUCCAAGCCGCACCCCGCCCAGCUUUCCUUCUUCGGCGUCUUCGACGGCCACGGAGGUGACAAGGUAGCGCUUUAUGCUGGCGAGAACAUACACAAUAUCAUUGCAAAGCAGGAUACUUUUAAGGAGGGCGAUUAUUCGCAGGGUCUCAAGGAUGGCUUCCUUGCUUGCGACAGGGCGAUUCUCAACGAUCCCAAGUAUGAAGAGGAGGUUUCUGGCUGCACCGCCUGCGUCAGUCUGAUGGCCGGAUCGAAGCUCUACGUGGCCAACGCCGGCGACUCAAGAGGUGUUCUCGGCAUCAAGGGACGCGCAAAGCCAAUGUCCCAGGACCACAAGCCCCAGCUGGAAGCCGAGAAGAACCGCAUCACCGCAGCCGGCGGCUUCGUCGACUUCGGUCGUGUCAACGGCAACCUAGCCCUGUCGCGCGCCAUUGGUGACUUCGAAUUCAAGAAGACCGCCGGCAAGGCCCCCGAGGACCAGAUUGUUACCGCUUUUCCAGACGUGGCCGUCCAUGACCUGACCGAUGAGGACGAAUUUCUCGUCCUCGCUUGCGAUGGCAUUUGGGACUGCCAAUCUUCGCAGGCCGUUGUCGAGUUCGUCAGACGGGGUAUUGCCGUCAAGCAAGACCUGGAGAAGAUCUGUGAGAACAUGAUGGAUAACUGCUUGGCUUCCAACUCGGAAACGGGUGGCGUCGGCUGCGACAACAUGACCAUGAUCAUCAUCGGCUUCCUCAAUGGAAAGACCAAGGACGAGUGGUACGAGGAAAUUGCACGAAGAGUCGCCAACGGGGACGGGCCCUGCGCACCUCCGGAAUAUGCCGAAUUCCGCGGUCCCGGUGUUCAUCACAACUACGAGGAUAGUAGCGAUAGUGGCUUUGAGAUGGACAUUGAGAACAAGGGCAAGAGCGUUGGUGUCGGUGGGUACCGAGGCAGAAUCAUUUUUCUCGGCGAUGGCACUGAGGUGCUUACGGAUUCAGAUGACACCGAGAUGUUCGACAACGCCGACGAGGACAAGGAUAUCGAAAGCCAAAUAUACAAGGCCCCGGCCGAAUCCACCACUGCCGAGGACGCCAAGGCGAAGGCGGAGCCUGAGCCUUCCGAGCCCAACAAUGUCACGAAGAAGGAGGCGUCGCAGGCGAAUUCAGAAUCGAAAGACGUGGAGGAAUAG